CAGGCCCAGUUUCGUGGUUCCGUUCCGUGUCGCCGGUUGCUGCCGCCGCCGCCGCCGAUCCGUCGUACGUGUGCGUGUGCGUGUCUGUGCGUGUCCGUUUCUGUGCGUUCCUUUCAAACGUCGUUGCAUCCGCAAUUUAAUUUUGAUUUAUUGUGCUGUAUAUAUUGAUUUUGAUAUUUCGCGAAGUGCUCAUCGACUUGUAUGCGCCAACCUCGACCGCAGCUGGAGAGGUUAGGCUGCCUUCUGAGCCGACCGAGAAGCUCACGAGAUAAAGUUCUUCUCGGCGUUCGAUGAAGCCCACUCCCGGUGUGUGACGACUCCUGGCACCAUCUCUAUCCUUCUCAUCUCUUCGCCAUAGAUAUAUCGAGUCGCCGCUAGUGGUCCGCGAUCGCUCACUAUCCUUCAUCCACCUCUUGCGCCCCUGGACGAGCGGGUGGCCGAAGUGACGGAAUACACGUGUAAGACAACUGCGUCCAGCCCGGGAGGUGCCGAGAGACAAAAGAGAGUCUGUUGGCGUCUAACUUCUGUCCCCAGUCGCCAUGGCCGAUCAGCUCGCCGGUCAGUGCGCGGUCUGCAACAAGACCUUUUCGAAGGAUCAUACGGUCUCACACAUGAGGGUGCAUAGUGGUGAUAUGCCGUUCGAGUGUACUGUGUGUAGCAAGAAAUUCAAGACCAAACCUAUCUUCAGCCUACAUCUCCGUACCCACACCGGAGAGAAACCGUUUGAGUGUACUGUGUGCAAAAAGACGUUUUCGCAAUGGGGCCAUCUACAAAUACACCACCGGAUCCACAGAGGAGAGAAGCCGUUUGAGUGUACUGUGUGCGACAAGAAGUAUUUUACUGGUCAAGGUCUGCGUACUCAUCUCCGAACCCAUACAGGAGAGAAACCAUUCGAGUGUGCUGUUUGCAACAAGACGUUUUCGGAUGGUAGAAAUUUACGUUCACAUCUCCUAAGAAACCAUAUAGGGGACAAACCUUUCAAGGGUACUUGUUCUGACCAGAAAUUUGCCAUGAAAGAACGUCUAAGUGAACGUGUGCGAACCCGCCACACAGAUGAUACGAAAUCUCAGUGUGGAGUUUGUGGUAAGAGGGUCAACAAGCACUUCCUAACUGUUCACAUGAGGACUCAUAGUGGAGAAAUGCCUUUUGAGUGCAGUUUCUGCAAUAAACGAUUUAGUCAAAAAAACAAUAUGCGAACACACUUACGUAUGCACACUGGAGAAAAACCUUUUGAGUGCACUGUGUGCAAUGUGAAAUUUCGCCACACAACUUGCUUGCGGAAACAUCUCCGAGAUCAUACAGGUGACAAGUCCGUGGAGGUUGCUACCUGCGCCGUGUGUAACAAGACAUUUUCUAACAGUUCAACUUUACGUUCACAUGUACUUGUGCAACAUUCCGGAGAGAAACCCUUUGAAUGUACUGUGUGCCACAAACGUUUCGGAAGACCUGAUUAUCUACGCAAUCACCUCUUUGUUCACACAGGAGAGAAGCCUUAUGAGUGCCCUGUGUGCAAGAAGACUUUUAAGGGACAUCUGGAAAUUCACAUGCGCACCCACACAGGAGAAAAACCAUACGAGUGUACCGUGUGCGGUAAGAAAUGCUCUCAAAAGUCACAUUUAACCGUGCAUCUCCGCACCCACACAGGAGAGAAACCCUUCGAGUGUACCGUGUGCAGCAAGAAGUUUAAUUCGCCGCAGACUCUACGUUCUCAUCUACGAACUCAUAUAAACCAGAAACCUUUUAAAUGUGGCGAGUGCAACAAAAUGUUCCGACAUAAAAGCUCCCUACGUUCUCAUCAGGUAACACACACAGGAGAGAGAGCUUUCAAGUGCCACAUGUGCAAUGCAUCGUUCACGCUACGUCAAAGUCUUCGUGUUCAUCUUCGCCUUCACACUGGAGAGAAGCCUCACAAGUGCGCUGUUUGCAACGACUCGUUUGUGCGAAUCGAUUAUCUUCGUAACCAUAUCCGAAAAGCCCAUACAAGAGAGGAGACAGAGAAGUCUUUUGACUGUUCAAUGUGCGAUAAGAGUUUUUGUGAAAGUAGGUCUCUGCGUAAGCAUGUCCUUACUCACACUGGAGAGAAAUUGUUUCGGUGCACUGUGUGCAACAGAAGGUUUUCGCAAAGUGAAAAUCUGUACAAACAUCUAAAUAAUCACAUUCUCCAGUCUUCGAAGAGGACAAUUGAUUGAAAUGUUAAAUGUUAGUUUAUUUAUAUUGCAUUAUUAUGUUUCUGCACAACUUAUAGAUUUUAAACUCCAAAAUUGGGUUGGUGCACGUUCUAGAUUUCUUGAUAGUUUCAUAGCUUUUAGUUAAGUUUCAUACCUCUUUAAAUCCUAAUUAUAACUGCAAAACUUUUCAAUUAAAAUUGUUCGAAAGAUUAAUAAGACUUUGAUCAAACACAAAAUGUCAAGUGUUUACUUUUUUUGUCAAAAUAAAUGUACAUAGAAACUUAAAUUUUUGGGUUUGACACGAUUCUUUUUAUCUGCCGCACAUACGAUGAAUACUGUGCGGAGGAGUCUGAAUUAUCUCCCGGUAGCAUCACCCCUUCCUGAAAAAGCUGGCAGCUCUGUGUCCUACAGUGUCGACCUGAAUAUGUUGUACGGCAGAGAUGAAGAGAGAGAGAGAGAGAGAGAGAGAGGGG